AUGGAAUCAUGGACAGUUCCCCUUAGCCCAGAGACUUCAAGUGAUGAAGAGAAAGAUGGAGAUGAUAAUUCUGGCACUACGAAACGAAGCUACGAGUGCACAUUCUGCAAGCGAGGCUUCACCAACGCUCAAGCCUUGGGAGGACACAUGAACAUUCACCGCAAGGAUCGAGCCAAGGCCAAGCAACACUCGAACCAGUACCGCUCCGACGAGGACUACAUGUCGAUGUCUGCGUCUCAGUUCAGUGCACCAGUUUACAGUCAACCGGCUUCUGGGUACUACCCGGUUUUGGGUCAUCAUGAGCAUCAUGUGCAGAGAAACUAUCAUCAGAUGCACAUUCAGCCAUCUGAGUCUAGCCCUAGGUUUUAUAGUUCCGUGGAUGAUGAUUCAAUGUCAUCACAGUCUUCUAUGAGUCAUCAGGAGAACCAAGAACUCUGGGGUGCCAAUUUGAGCUUAAGGUUCAGCCCAACUGGGCGUAUGGAGGAUGAUGCUUUCAGAGUGGGAGUGAGGAAUCACGAAGAAGUUGAUUUGGAGCUUCGUCUAGGCCAUGGAGGAUUUUAG